AUGGCCGAGCAGCGACUGCACCAUCUCUCCCGCCCAGACCGUUACCGCCAAGGCUUCCGCCCUUCAUUCUAUGCAGCGUAUGCGCGCGCAGCAAAAAGAUAUGGUUUCGAGGCCGGUAAAUAUGGCGGAUUCGCCUUCAGAAACAAUGUCGUCGUAAAAGUGAGAGGGAUGCUCGAUCGUAGCACGGACCAUGAAGUUCCUGCUGAGUCCAUCCAGAACGGUGCGAUAUACCUUUCCGUUAAAACUCGGUUGCACACGACGGUUCCGGAAUAUCUGAUCGGAUGGUCCGACAGUACGGAAUAUGUUGUACCCGUGAGCAUCGGGAUGCCUCCCAUCACGCUGAUGUUAGAUUUCGACACCGGCUCGUCCGACAUGUGGGUCUGGAGCUCCGAGAUUGCGGGCGCACUGAAGUACCGCCAGCAACACCGAGUGUAUCAUCCCCACCGCUCCGCCACAGCACGAAAGGCUGAUGGGACCUGGGAGAUAUCGUAUGGCGACGGUUCUUCUGCGUCGGGAGAUGUCUAUACCGAUCACGUAAGAGUCGCCGGCGUGCACAUCCAUGGCCAGGCAUUGGAGGUCGCGAAGGAACUCAGCUCCAGUUUCUUGUCCGACGGCGGCAACGAUGGUCUUUUAGGAUUGGCAUGGCCGACGAUCAAUACCGUGAAGCCUCGCCGAGUUGCUACUCCCAUGGAAAACAUGAUACAGAACAAGUUGAUUGAUCUAGCAAGUCCUCAGCCGGUCUUCACAGUCAAGCUUGGCCACGGAUCUGAGCAAAGCUUCUAUUCGUUUGGUUUCAUCGACGAGACUGUGACGCGUCAUCCCAUUGUGUACCAUCAUAUCACCACCCAAUUGGGAUUCUGGCAGGUGGCGUCGGCCGCUUGGAUGCUCAACGGCAGAUCACACAACAGGCACCAGGACAACUCGGCCAUACUCGAUACUGGCACCACGCUCUGUCUUGUGCACGACGAUGUCGUGGAGCGAAUCUACCAUUCCAUAGAUGGCGCGCAAUACAGCAACCACCGAGGUGGUUGGAUCUACCCUAACCACGCUCGGCUCCCCGAGAUCUACUUCGCCAUUGGGCAUACGAUGUAUAGGCUGAAUGAAGUGGACUUUGGAUAUAGUGAUGCCGGCCAAGGAUAUACGUUCGGCGGCAUUCAGAGUCGUGGAGACCUCAGAUACGACAUCUUCGGUGACGUGUUUUUAAAGUCGCUAUACAUCGUCUUCGAUCAAGGCAACAAACGAGUCGGCGUCGCGCAAAGGGAUGACUGA